AUGGAGCAUGGUGUGGGGUCUGGUUCUUUAGCUGGUUGUCUGUUUGCUGCCAACAAGGUAAAAGGUACUGCUGCAAUGGCAUCUGCUAUGCCUGACAAAGAGGAAGUUGCCAAGAGUUCCCUGGAGAUGAAGGAGGAGGAGGAGCAACAGGAUGCAGUAAAUCAGGUGGCUAACCUCACCCUGGUCAGCUCUGCUUGUGUCAUGGUUUCUACAGCUUAUACCUCCACUAAGGAGAGCCACCCCUACAUCAAAUCUGUGUGUGACACAGCAGAGAAAAGAGUGAAGAGCGUGACUGAAGCCGCAGCCAGCUGUGUGCAGCCAGUUCUGACUACACUGGAUCCUCAUGUUGCUGCAGCAAGUCAGUGUGCCUCCAAGGGUUUGGAUAAACUAGGGGAAAAACUCCCACUCCUUCAAAAGCCAGUGGAGCAGAUUCUCUCUGACACAAAAGAGCUAGUGUCAUCUAGAAUGGAUGAUGCAAAGGAUGUUGUGAGCAGCAAAGUAAUGGAGGUGAUAGAUGUAACUAAGGAGACUCUUCAGAGCAGCGUGGAGACUGCCAGGUCUGCAGUGACCAGCAGUGUGGGGAUGGUUAUGGACUCCAGUGUGGGCCAGAUAGCUGCAAGAGGAGCAGAAGCUGUGCUGGGGAGAACAGAAGAUAACUCUCUCCCUAUUGGAAAUGAGGAACUAGCCCAGCUGGCAGCAUCUGAGGAGAGCGCAGGCAUAAUGUCUGUGGAGCAACAGCAGGAGAAGAGGAGGUACUUUGUGCGGUUGGGGUCCCUCUCUGAUGAGCUUCGCCUGUUUGCCUACCUCCACUCAACAGACAAAAUGAAGCAGGUCUGGCAGAGCAUGAAGGAGACCCUUGCACAGCUUCACUGCAUCAUUGAAUUCAUUGAAGUGUUUCAGCAAGGAUUUAAUCAGAAGCUUCAGGAGGGGCAGCAGAAACUAGUCCAGAUGUGGCUGGACUGGAGCAGGAAGUUUUCCAAAGAGAGUGGAGAUGAAAGCUCUGUAGAACCAGAGGAGAUGGAGUAUCUGGCCCUGCUCUUGGCACGCAGUAUCACACAGCAGCUGCAAAUCACCUGCUGUAAAAUAGGGUCUGCAAUCCAAGGCCUUCCCUCAAGCCUUCAAGAUAAGGUGAAAAAAUCUCUUGAUACCAUAGAGGAGCUUCAUAAUUCUUUCUUGAUGGUAAACUCCUUCCAGGACUUGUCCAGCAGUGUCUUGACCCAGAGCCAUAGGAAGCUGGCUGCAAUCCAGGAAUAUAUGGAGGAGCUGUUGGACUACUUGAAGAACAACACACCUCUGUCCUGGCUGGUGGGACCCUUCUCUCCCAAGGAGGAGGAAACUUCCCAGCAAGGUGAACCCUCACAGGAGAAGGAGGCAGAGACAGCAGGAGCAAGAUAUCAUGCAGCUUCCAGCACCCUCAUGUAA